CAUGGUAAGUGCUGUAUAUUUUGUAGCAACACUGAAUAGAAGCAUUUAUUGAUCCACAACGAAUGAGAAAAGGACAGAAUGGUGCUACCGACAGCAAUUUCAUUUGUUUGUGGUGUAAUACUAAGAUUAGCAUUGUUUAGAUCAUCCCUUCCCGACUGGUUGAGUACGAAAACAGAGGUGGUCACGCCGUUAACAUCAUGGGGUCGUGCAAUGGAAGGGCUGGCAUUACAUAGAGAGGGUAUUUCUCCUUACUCUGGAGAUAUUUUUCAUGAGAGUCCUUUGAUGCUGAAAAUCCUGGGAUUCAUCAGUAGAUUCUCACCAAAUACCAUCAAUUUAAUAUUUGUGCUGUUGGAUAUCAUUCAGGGAAUGAUUCUGCUGAGAAUAGCAAAUACAUUUGGAAGACAUAUGCUCCUGAGGCAAGCAACAAGUGUGAAGAAUUACCAUUCAGAUGCCAAGAAAAAUUUACUUCGAAAAGAAGACUUGAUGGACCUUCAAUUUUACGUCACUGUAGCGUUUUCCUUCAAUCCAUACAGCAUAGCCACUUGUCUAGCAAGGUCCACUGCUGUUUUCAAUAACAUCAUCAUCCUCCUCGCUCUCUAUCAAAUGCUUAAAGGAAAUUCAUUCUUAUCAGCAGUUUUCGUUGCAUUGGCAGCCUACAUUUCUAUGUAUCCCAUCAUUCUCUGUGUGCCUGUGGCAAUUCAUUAUUUCCUGAUGUCACGUAAAGGGGGAAUGCAUUAUACCGACCCAACAACUGUGGUUAGCUACCUCCAGAUUCUGGGCGUCACAUUUGUGUCUUUAGCCAUCAUGUUGCUCUUCUCCAUGCUGUUUGUGGGAUCAUGGGAAUUUAUUCCUUCCACAUAUGGUUUCAUAUUGGGAGUUCCUGACUUGACCCCUAACCUUGGGCUGUUUUGGUAUUUCUUCACCGAGAUGUUUGAGCACUUUAGAACGUUCUUCAUUUGUGUGUUUCAAAUCAAUGUUGUGAUAUAUACCAUUCCACUGGCCAUAAGACUCAGAGAACACCCAACAUUCCUUUUCUACAUGCUGUUGUACACAAUUGGAAUCUUCAAAUCCUACCCAGGCUAUGGGGAUGUGGGUCUAAUGUUUGCCUUGCUACCUCUGUGGAAGCAUGUUUAUCAGUACAUGAGGAAUACGUUUGUUACCGUGUGCAUGUUCCUAGUAUGUACCGUGUUCGCUCCUAUACAGUAUUACCUGUGGAUCUAUGCAGGCAGUGCCAAUGCCAACUUCUACUUUGCUAUCUCUCUGGCAUUCUCUACAGCACAGAUACUGAUGGCUACUGAUUUGCUUUUUGGAUUUCUGAAGAGAGAGUUUUACCUUCAUAAUGGGGACAAACACAAACUGCCGGAUGGGACAGAUGCUCAAAUCAUCUUGGACUCUUAACUUGGGGUUUAAAUAAAGACUUCACAAGGAACAACCAAUAGAGCUAAAUUGUGCAAUUUUAUUUAAUGUUUACUAGGAUUUUUUUUGUUUCAUGGAGAGAGAGAGAGAGAGAGAGAGAGAGUGAAUUUAUCACAACUAUGAAUGGCUGGACUUGCAUGUACAUUUAUUUCAAUCUCACUAAUUUUUCAUACAAGUACAUAUAGUUGAUGCUGACGGAAAACACUUUUUGUACUUCUAGAAGACUGU